AUGCAAGGGCAGAGAGGUACACUUGGUUCCUUGCAAGAAACUAUAGAAUUUGAUACAUCAAGUGCUGCAACAGUUGAUCAACAUAUUUUCUGGAAUAAUAUGCGUAAUCCUGCAGAAAAUCAUUUUGCACUUCCCCCCAGUGAUUUGAACCCUUCAUACCCGAAUCCUAUGAACCAUGAAUGGCAGAACCUCAGUGGAUGGAGCUUAGGCGAGCCAAGUUCCAGUAAUACUCAGAAUGAGGUUACCAACAAUGAGCAGAAGAGAGAGCUAGGUUUAUCAUCUUCCAUAAGUUCUGGUUCUUUGGCUGGUCCAAGACUUGAAGAAAGGCGCUUUGAACCAAACAAUACAUUUUCAUUGGACAACGUGAAUACAACUCCGGUGUAUAUGCGCAGCUCCAAUUCUCACUUGAUGCCACAUAAUCUCAACCUAAAUGCAAGUUUAGCAGAUAGUGGCACUGAUAAUAGCUAUCGAGUGGAACAUCCUCCGAACUUGAACAAGUCUAGUGGGUCGGUAACUGAGCAUAUUCCACCUUCAAUUGGUUCCGGUCCUUUUCUGCUUCCUUCUGGCACUAAUGGCUUUUUAGUUGAGGAUACUGAUAGUAGGCCAGGUUGUUCUCUAGAUACCCGCCGAGUAUCUUGUAAAAGAAAGGCUGUUGAACGAAGUGUUGGGCAAUCUUCGGGUGGUGGAAGUUCUAGCUAUAGUCAGCAUACAGAUGGUAGUACUUGGAACACCCUUCCUACUCAGGAUUAUGGGGGGAGCAGUUUUAACAGAUCUGCCUCGACUGAACAGGUAAGUGCGAGACUUGGCCUGAGUACAGGGGAUGCAGCCUCUGAGAGCAUUCCUGGGUCCAAUGUUGCAGGAAGCUCAGAAAUCUUCCACAGAAAUUUUCGUCUCAGGAUAAAUCCUUCAAGUCAACAAAUUUCCAUUCCUCCCCCUGCAAUCUCAAGUGGGAGUGUUAUUAGGAAUUCUGGUGUUUCUUCAGCCUCUCCAAUGUUUCAACGAUUCCAUCCUGUUGAUAAUUCUUUGGAGUUGAGGUCAGCACCACCUGUUGAUACUAUGGUUCCUCAAAGCCAGCCCCUUGUAAUUCAUGUUCCAGCUUUACCGAGGAAUGUGCAGCCAUUCAGGUGGAAUGGAGCUUCCAGCUCAACAAACAAUCAUCCAUCAAACUCAGUUGUAUGUGCCGAUAGAAAUAAUUUACCAAACGAGGAAGCAAGCUCAAGAAGUAUGCCUAGAAACAUUGUAGAAUACCCAAUGUAUGUGCCCGCAACCAAUUUAAGAAAUGUGGUUAGAAAUCCAACUAGAGCUGCAAAUAGUGCAAAUUUAAGUAUUCCAGGAAAUGUUGGUUCUUCAUCGAGGACAGGCUCAAAUUCAGCUGUCAAUCCGCCAUCUGCCCCCGCAUGGGUUUCUCGCCCUAAUCCUCAGCAGUAUCCUCGCAGGUUAUCUGAAUAUGUUCGUCGGUCCUUGUUUUCUCCUGGUUUGGAAGCUGCUGGAAGUUCAAACAACAAUUAUGCUUCCUUCCGUGGUCCUUCUACUUCAUCUGGGGUAAACCCAUUUGAGAGGCAAGGUGAUAGUGAAUUUGGAAUUCAGUAUUCUUUACGAUCUUUGGCUGCUGGGGGUGAAGGAAGUAGUAGGCUUGUAUCUGAGCUCCGCAAUGUGUUGGGCCUCAUGCGUAGGGGUGGGAACCUGCGAUUUGAGGAUGUUAUGAUCCUCGACCAUUCAGUGUUUGCUGGAAUUGCUGAUAUUCAUGAUCGACACAGGGAUAUGCGACUUGAUGUUGAUAACAUGUCUUAUGAGGAGCUAUUGGCUUUGGAAGAACGCAUUGGAAAUGUGAGCACAGGCUUGAGUGAGGAGACCAUUUUGAAACACUUGAAAAAGAAAAAGUAUUCAGCUGAACCAGGUUCUCAGCAUGAGGCAGAACCCUGUUGUGUUUGUCAGGAGGAGUACAAAGAUGGAGAUGAUUUAGGAUCACUGGCUUGUGGGCAUGAUUACCAUACCGAAUGUAUCAAGCAGUGGCUAAUGCAUAAGAAUUUGUGUCCCAUUUGUAAGACAACAGGCUUGGCGACAUGA